AUGAUUGUGUUUGCUGUUUUUAUUCCUCACUUUGUCGGAAAUUUUUUAGGUGAAAGGAAAUUUCCAAAUUUUGUGUUUAUUUCGCUCAUUUUAAUGUGGAUUUUUUGUAUUGACCUGAUAUGUCCAAUUACAAACAUAAUUAUAAAGGUUGUAAGCUUCGAAUUUUUUGCAUUUAUUACUAUGCCAAUAAUGAUAUUAAACCUUUCAAAUUUAAAAAGUCACGAUUAUAGACCUUUUGCUUUCGUUUAUAGCGUUUCUUAUAUAAUAGGCUUCCUCAUAUACUUUGCUGCUGAUUAUUAGUUUAGACUUGCUUUUUAAUUUAUUCUCUACUAAUACGUCACUGUAAUAAGCUAUUUGCGAUAUAUAUUUAGUAACAAUAUGUAAAUAUGUUAAGUCAAGCUUAACACCAUAAAUAGUAAUAAAAGUAAGACAGACAAAUUGCUUUAUAUAGGUAAAAUAUAAGGAAGGCAUUUAGUCAUGGCUAAAAAAGCUAAUCUCAUGAUAUUUGACAUGCUAAGUGGAUAAAAGCUAUUUCAAACUCCUCCUUAGUGUUUGCAAAGAAAGAAAUAAAUAUUACAUCUUUUUAAUGAUGAUUAAAGAUAAAUUCUAAUAUACAUAAAGUAAGAUGAUAACAACAAAUACAAGCUCUAUACUCUUGCUCUAAGAGGGUUUAAAUAAAUAGGUUGUUAAUUGAUUAAUGAUGAUUUAAGCUAAAAGCAUGUAGUUUACGAUAGCCAUUCAAUGUCAAUCCUCUAUUUAUGUGAGAGUUACAGCGAAGAAACAAAUAUCCAAACAUUUUGCUUAAGAAAAUUUUCAAUAAUGGAUUCUUCCUAAAUUACAUCCUGUUAUCUUAAUAUUGGAAAGCUUUAAAUUCAUAACUUCACCCAAUUUAUAUUCUACAAUUUUAAUAAACUUGUAGUGAAAACUAACUAUAUUUAAUAUGCAGACAAACUAUAGCUAUUUCAAGUUGACUUUGAUUAAAAUGUAAAUAAAAAAAUUUAAGUCUAAUCUACUAGAAAUAUUAAAGAUUAAAAUACUCUUAAUGAUGAAUUAAAUGAAGAUUAUAUCUCUGAUAGUGAAGAAAUUUUUAUGAAUUUUAAAAAAUAUCAAUAACAAUAAUAAAAAAAUUCUACUUUUAAUAACAAUUAUUUUGAAUUUAUAUGUGAUGAGAUUUAAGAAUUCUUCUACUACAAAAAAUCUUUGUUAGUCAGCACAAACUUAAAUAUCUACUUAUUAAAUAGCAACAAUCUUGAGCUAAAAUUUAAAUUAGAUAUCUUCCACUUAUUUGCAACUGCUUAUCCUCUUACUUAAGACUACUUUAUAAUUAAUAAAAAUGACGACUACUAUAUUUGUGAAAUUUAGGAAAAUUCAACUUAAAAUAAUAAAAACUUACUAAAAAAAUUAUUUUGGAAAAAUAAUUAGUACAAAUUAAGCAUUAAGUCUUUUUUCAAAAUACCAGGAGGUCAGAAUCUUUUACAUAUAUCCAAAAUUUAAAACUCUAAACACAUAAUGCUUGCUACAAAGAAGCUAAUUAUAAAUAUAAUUGAUUUUGAUCCUAAAUGA